CAUCGUGUGAUCCAGAAAUGGCAACUCGUACGAGAUCGAAGAAGACAUGCACUGUGAUAGGGGGCUGUGGUUUUCUGGGCAGACACAUUGCUGAGCAGCUGCUUCAGAGAGGAUAUGCUGUCAAUGUGUUUGAUAUAAGAACAACAUUUACUGAUGACAGGAUACAGUUCUUUGAGGGAAAUCUCUGUCAAACAGAGUGUUUGCUGCCAGCUCUUGAAGGCGUUUUUGCUGUGUUCCACUGUGCCUCACCCCCAUAUUCUGCUGAUGACAGAGAACUGUUUUACAGGGUCAAUGUAGAUGGUACAAAGAUACUGAUUGCUGCAUGCAAACAGGCUGGAGUAAAGAGGUUGGUUUUGACAAGCAGUGCCAGUGUAGUUUAUGAAGGCAAGGACAUCAAAAAUGGAACUGAAGAGCUGCCUUACGCUGCCAAACCUAUUGACUACUACACAGAAACUAAGAUAUUGCAGGAGAAGACUGUCCUAGGGGCAGACAGUGCAGACCUGCAUACAGUUGCCAUCAGGCCACAUGGUAUAUUUGGACCCAGGGACCCACACAUGUUACCCACUACCAUAGCCACAGCCAGGGCUGGGAAGAUGAAGUUCAUGAUAGGGAAUGGUAAGAACCUGGUGGACUUUACCUAUGUAGAGAAUGUGGUCCAUGGUCACAUCAUUGCAGCAGAGAAGCUGGAGGCAGGGUCUCCAGUCUGUGGCAAGGCUUACAACAUCACCAAUGAUGAUCCCAUCUAUUUCUGGUCCUUCUUGUCCAGACUGUUGACUGGGCUUCAGUACGACACACCAAAGUACAGCAUUCCAUAUACAGUGAUAUUUUUCAUUGCGCUGCUAGUCCAGUUCUUCUGCUUCCUCCUGCGCCCCCUGGUGACCAUCAGACCCACCUUCACGCCCAUGAGAGUGGCACUGGCAGGAACAUUUCACUACUACAGUUGUGAUCGAGCCAAGAGAGACAUGGGGUAUGCACCAGUAGUGCCCUUGGACAAGGGGAUAGAAUUGACGAUAAAGGCGUUUCCUCAUCUUAAAAACUCUAGGACUUAGUGAUUGCAUUUAAUAAAUAUG